CGUAGCUAAUUAUGUUUUAUGUGAUUUUCUAAUCAUCACGUUUACUUUUUACAUACUCUCAUGAUUCAAACAGGUUGACAAAUGUAAAUAUCACGGACUUACGAAUUUCUUGAGAUAAUCUGCUUAUUACGCCCACUUAGUCAGAAAUUAAUUGCACGACGUUAAUUGUCUAGACAUUCCGUUAAUUGAGUAUUAUUAUUGGAAUCGGAUCCAAUAUUUUUACUAAAAAUGAUCACUUCAGGAAAAUAUGAAAUCAUGUCAAUGCCAGGCCACCUUACAAGGAAAAGUGAUAUGAUACAAUGUAUAAUGUUUGUGAAUAUCCAUGAUUCAUUUAUUUCAAUAAUUAAUUACGAGUUACGGUUCAAAGAAUCAAGAUGUAUACUGUUCUAGAAUACAUAUUUAAUAUUUUGAGUCAAGUGUUGAUUCUAGUGUGAAUGCUCAAUAAAAUAGUGAUUUUGUAUUAAAUCUGCAAAUGAAUUUAUUAAUUAAAGUUUCCAAAAUGAUACAGCUUGGUACAUCUGCUCAGCCAGCCAAUAGUCUUCCAAUUGUGGUUGAAAACUCAGCCGAGUCUCGUCAGGCGUCUACAACUGAGAGCUUAGAUACUUCUGUAGACAUUAGUGAAGAAAGAGAGGUAGAGAUACAAGAUGUAGUUAAAGAAGGACAUGACAAAGCAGAUCCCUCACAAUUUGAAUUGCUCAAAGUUCUUGGUGAAGGUUCCUUUGGAAAAGUAUUUUUAGUACGAAAAGUCACUGGUGCUGAUGCUGGUACUCUGUAUGCCAUGAAGGUACUUAAAAAAGCUACAUUAAAAGUAAGAGACAGGGAACGUACCAAAAUGGAGAGAAAUAUUCUAGUUGAAAUGGGCCAUCCAUUUAUUGUUAAGUUACAUUACGCCUUUCAAACAGCUGGAAAAUUAUAUUUAAUACUGGACUUCCUGCGUGGUGGAGAUUUAUUUUCACGACUCAGUAAAGAGGUAAUGUUUACUGAGGAGGAUGUUAAGUUUUACCUAGCUGAACUAGCUUUAGCAUUAGAACAUGUACACAAGUUGGGAAUAAUAUACAGGGAUCUGAAACCAGAAAACAUUUUAUUAGAUGCUGAUGGCCAUAUAGCACUUACAGACUUUGGGUUAUCAAAACUCCCUCCAACUAGUGAUAAAGCCUAUAGCUUUUGUGGUACUGUGGAAUAUAUGGCCCCGGAGGUGGUUAACAGGAGAGGGCACACAUUUGCAGCAGACUGGUGGUCCUUUGGUGUACUUAUGUUUGAAAUGCUGACAGGCAAUCUACCUUUCCAUGGCUCGACUCGACAUGAAACUAUGACACAGAUAUUAAAAGCGAAACUUGGAAUGCCCUCGAAUCUUAGUGAAGAGGCACAGUCUCUUUUGAGAGCUUUAUUCAAAAGAAACCCGCAGAAUAGAUUGGGAGCUGGUGCUAAUGGCAUUGAAGAUAUAAAGAGUCAUGAGUUCUUUGCAAGUAUAGAUUGGGAUGCUUUGUAUAGGAAAGAGGUGGUGCCCCCAUUUAGGCCGGCAGUAUCUAGGGCCGAUGACGCAUUCUACUUUGACUCAGAGUUUACAUGUCGCACGCCCCGCGACUCACCCGGUGUACCGGCUUCCGCGAAUGCACAUGAACUAUUCCGCGGUUUCAGUUUCGUCGCGCCUUGUUUACUCAACGAUGAUAACAAGACGGUUACGAAUCAAAAUCAAAAUCAUGUUCCUACGAAUAAUAAAACGUCCACUGAAGAGUUUUGGGCCGGUUUCGUCAAUAGGAAUAAUUUCUUCGACGAAUACAGAUUAAUGGGAGAGUUAGGCACAGGAUCGUUUUCAGUCGUCCGCCUCUGUGAACACAAAACCUCAAGAGUACAGUAUGCUGUCAAGAUUAUGGACAAAUUGCAGUAUGACCCUCGUGAAGAAAUUGAAAUACUGUUGAGAUACAGCCAACACCCGCACAUAAUAACUCUGCGCGGUGUCUACGAGGAAGGCGGUCGGAUCCUGGCAGUGACGGAGCUCUGUCGCGGCGGCGAACUGCUCGAGCACAUCACACAGCGUCGCUACUUGCCCGAACAUGAGGCUGCACCUAUAUUGAAGAAUGUUCUUCACGCUAUUCACUAUCUUCAUAGACACACUGUUGUGCAUAGAGACAUAAAACCUUCGAACAUAUUGUUCGCAACCGCAGAAAAGAGGCCUGAGGACAUUCGCCUCGUAGACUUUGGUUUGGCGAAACAGUUGCGCGCUGAAAACGGCCUACUUAUGACACCAUGUUAUACUGCUAAUUUCGUUGCUCCCGAGGUGCUAAAACGUGCUGGUUAUGAUGCUGCUUGUGAUAUAUGGAGUUUAGGUGUGCUAGCUUAUAUAAUGCUGUCGGGAAGGACACCAUUUGCUUCAACUGGAGAUGAUACCCCUGAAGCGAUUUUAGCGAGAAUCGAGUCAGGAAAGGUGGAACUAUCGACGGGAGUGUGGCGUCACGUAUCAGCGGAGGCGCGGGGCUGCGUACGUCGCAUGUUACAACUAGAGCCGGCGCAGAGGCCGCGCGCCGCCGAGCUAGUCCGAGAGCCUUGGAUCACGGCGCCACACCCACCGCAACCUGCGGCCCACCCAGCGCCUGAUACCGACCCGCCCAGCGAUCUGCGACGAGCUGUCGAUCUUACCUUCCAGGCAAUGACAGCUUCGCCGCUGACACCCCAAGUUUUGGGUCCUGUGUCACAAUCAACUCUCGCGCAGCGUCGUAGUAAACCACAGCGACGUUUCCCACCAACACAACUUUAAAAUGAAAAUCUUAAAUCAAGUGGUGAAUAUCAAGAAGUCAAUACUGGGUACAUUACGAAUGAUAAUGUAAGUACAUGUUAUAAAGCACAAUCAACUACAGAGGAUCGCGAUGAGAGGUUUUGGGAGUCUACAAACACUUGUAGGACUCAAUUUCAUGCCAAAACCAAAUAAUUGAAACGAAAGUAAAUAAAGUAUUAACCGUCUGCACUGUUACGUUUUUGUUUUGACUGCUUUUGUGACUGCUAGUAUUACGCAGACAUACGAAUGUGAUUGUAAAAGAGUAUUUUAUUUUAUGCGUUGUCAUCAAGAACAGGAUCAUUUAUAGUUAAGACAUUCCAUAUAAUGUCACAAUUAGUUUAGUUGGUGUUGUGGAUAACGUAAUCCUAUAUUUUCUUUUACGAGCGAUAUUUUUCUAUUAGGUGUAUUAUACGAUAAAUAAUUAUUAUAUUAUUAAAAGUCAAAUCAGCUGCAUUUAAAUGAAUAAAAAAAAAACAAUGUGCGUUAAAGAGCUUUACCGUCAUGACCAAUGAAAGUCGUCUUCCUGCAAAGUAUUUAUUGUAGAUGGCAGGUGUUACGGCUUAAAAUAAAAGAUAUUACUUGCCCACCUGUACAACCACGGACUAAAAAAAAUAUAUUAUUUAUUAAUGUCGCAGUAUGAAAUAGAAUAGAUAGAUAUCUGAUCAAAGUUUUUGUCUAAUUAUCGUUAAUCUUAGCCCCAACUUUUAUUCUGUGUAUGUAGUGAAUUUGUUCAUAUUCUAGCACUUAAACGCUUUUUACAUUGCAUACAAAUGAUUUGUAUACUUCUCUGUGCCAUUUAGUUCUCAUUGCUCUAUGUGCAAUAUUAUCUGUGUAUACUUCACUAAACGUAUUAGCUACUACUAUAUUUAUUUGAUGGUGCAUCGUCGUCGUGUUGAAUAAGUAUUUUUCAUAAUAAUUCUUUAGAUACUCAUAGUGUUUAGUCGUCUCAAACGUAUUUUAUUUUGAUGUUGUUCUUGUAACAGAAAGUUGUCUAUAUUUUUGUAAGACAGUAUUUUUUGUAAGUCCAUUUUAAGUUUAGCAAUUAAACGAUUGUAUUUAUGUGACUUUAUAAACAAGACGUAAAAAGACAGCGACUACAAGUGGUACUUCCAUCUUUAUUCACCAGAGAAACUUGAAUAUUUUUUUAAUACACGAAUAAAUAAAUCAAUGAAAAUAUUUAUUAAUAUGAAAAUGUUAUAUUUUGUUGGUUUAAUGUUAAUUCAUUGUCGUGUCGUCUUAAUUCAUUUUAUCAUAUCUGUAUUUCAUCACCUAACCGUUUUGGAAGUUUGUCCAUUGAUCAUAUUCUUAUUUUGUUAUGUCGAACAAAACCAUUAUUUAUAUUAUUAUUUUUGUAUGGGUGAUGUUAUACUCGUAAUCAUUUCAUAUCAGUAAGGCCUAACUUAAAGCAUAAUUCAUUUUCAAUUACCUUCACUCUAGUUCUAGUUCUUUGUAGUGUCAUUUAGUAUUUUAGAAUAAGUAAUUAUAUUAUUAUACAAUUAUUUCAUUGUUAUUUGCGUUAAAGAAACCCGUAGAUUUAAGUAUGUAGGUAGUAAUUCAUACUUUGUAACUUCAUUUAUUUGUAAUCGCCCCAAAUUAACUGUGCCAUUCCUCUAUGCUUUACUUCCUAUUUAUGGAUCCUACUUGACUUGAAAUCGCUUUAAUUCAUACUAAACUGAAUAUUUUAAAAAUGUGACCUGUAUACGACCAUUCUAUUUAUAUUUUAAUGUAAUUAAAAUCAAUCCCAAAUCAAUUGCAAUUCCGUUGUUCUUCCAAUUUCUGAAUUUUUAUUUUAUUUUUGUAAUUCUAAUCUAAUAUGGUGAUAUGGUGACUGUCUUUCUACUUGACAUAGUAAUUUCUUUUAUUGGUUCCCUGUAGAUUGAGCAGUGAAUACCCAAUGCCAAACUAUUGAAUAAUAACUACCAAUGUAAGAUAAUUAUACUAUCUAUAAUAAUAUUAUUUGCAUGUAACUAUCUACGUAACUACUUACUUAUACUACUUGUACAUGUAUGUGUUAUUUCCAUUCUAAGGUGGCUGUCAUCUACAUCCAUAUAUUUUUAUACAUAUUUUUAUUUUUACUACACAUAUUAAAAGGUUUAGAAUAUAUUAUAUAAUAUGGUGAUUGGUUAUAUACCAAAGAUUAGGAGAUUUUAUUCUUAACAUUUUAAUCUAACAUAGUAAAAAGUCUUGGAAGAACUUAGAUUGUGUAGUUUUAUCUUUAUUAUAGAUCAAUAAGAUGUAUUUAGCAUAAUAUUUGAAGUACAUUGCAACACUUGUAGUUUUAGUAUUUACCAAAAUCAGUUUUAAAUGUUUUCUAACCAUUGAAGUCAAUAACAAUUAUUUGGUUAUGAUAAAUAUUACGAUUGCGCAGUGUUGCUGUCUGUACCUCGUCAUGAUUUACCAAAAUUAUAUGUAAUUCUUUUACCACAGUUUUAUCAACUGAAGGAAUUGAUAUUGAAUAAAAUAUAAAUCUAAAUAAGUAUACUUAAAUUAAGAUUUUAAGAAUUUAUAACAUACAUUCUGACAAUUUCAGCAUCAAACAUAUCUGGAUACUACUCAAAAUGUGCAUGUAAAUUGUAAAAUGGGGGCAGUAUACAUUAUUGCUAUGUGAUCUAAUAGGUAGGAUAAAAAUUAAAAAAUCUCACAGCUUUGUUAUCUCGGAAUCAUGGUUGCUUGAACUUUCACUAUUACUUAUAAUAAAAUAAAAAUAAUUUCCUUCGGUUCAAAUCAAAUUAGUAUUUCUAAUUUUGCUGAUUCCACAAAAAUGCAUGCAAUUUUACACACGUGUGUGUAAUGUUAUUUGUCAAUUUUAGAAUCAUAUUUCUUUUUAUUUGUUAAACCAAAAGCUUUGGUGUAAUUUAACCCUAAUAAAAUAUCUUGUUUUCUUUUCUUUUCUACGAGUUAAAUUAAAGCCGGGAACGUGUAGAGAUGACCCUACACACGUAAUAAAUCUACUCGCGUAGAACACUCGCAUAAACCACAAUUUUCGGCUACAAAGUAGGUUUAUCUUGCUAAUACUUAUUAAACUUUUUCACGAAGAUAACUAUGUUUGGGAUCAGUAGUCGUUUAAUAAGAAUAUGAUGUAGUAUACAUACGUAAACUUAUCUCGCACGCCCAAAGUACUUUAUGUACAAAAUUAAAAGAUGAGAUUAAAAACCGAUACAGUAAAGUAUCCAUUCGGAUACUUUCUCACAUAAAAGUACAAAAUUAAAAUAUUAGAUGUCUCAUAAAAGUCUAUAUUAAGUAAUACAAUUGAAUUGUUAAAGUUGAAAUAUUGAAGUAAAUUCCAGUAAGAAUUAAAAAUGUGUUUUGUCUAACUUGACGGAAAAUUAAAGUUGUUAAUGAGCACAUAUUUUUAUCGUGGCUGAGUUCACAAGUAAUAUACGUAUAUUCCGAUCAUAUCGCACAAAGGAUUGGCUCUACUAUAUAAUAUACUUAAUCGUAGUUUAUUAUGGUGCAAUGUACUGAUGUUCAAGGGGCUUACUCUUGAAUCCAAUUCCGAUUGAUCGACAUUGAAAUUGUGAAAUUUCGUUCUCUUGAGUAGCAACACAAGCUCCCAUUGCGUCCGUAUUGCGUGGAUAUUGAAUAAACUAAAUGGUAUUGAGUUUGGCUUUAUAUUCUGUACUAUGCUAAUUUAACAGCUACGAUUGAAGUUGUAUAGUUUUGAUAUUUAAUAAUUAUUGAAAUUUUAUUGGAUUGAUAUUGAGAUUGGACUCAAGUUUAAGUGCCCAGGUAUGCUUAAAAUUUGGCACUUACAAAAUAAAACUAUUUCUGAUAAUGUCAAGCACUUAUUAGAUAUUUCUUCAUAUACGUAGUUGCCUAGCUUUGGUCAUAUAUUUUUGUGGCCAGUUAUAAGCUUCUGGUUAUCUUAAAAAUUAAAACGUCCUGUUUUACUUAUGUAAGACUCAUUCUGUUUGUCAACUGGUGAACUUACUCAGAUUAAUUUCUUCAAGUUUGAGUCAUAUUUUAACUUGUUGAGAGUAUGUUACUUUCUUUAUAAAGUAAAAUCGUCUUCUAAAUUACCAUGUCAAUAGUAACAAGACUCACAAUCAAAUGGUAUUACAUGUUUAUGUGACCCUUAGUUUCGCCACAUUUUAUUCAAUUACUUUUCUAUAAAUGAUAUCCAUAUACUAAGUACUUAAUAUUACUAAUAUAAGAUAAUAAUAUAAAUUAAAAAUAAUGUAAUAGAUAAAGUAUGAAUGAUUAUUCACUUGGACCGAGCUUGCCUGCACAUUUGUUAAUUAAUUAUAAAGAAAUAUUUUCCUAAUGGCUCAAAGUAAAUAUGUUGAUGUUGAAGUAACAUGGAUAGUUUUCCAAGGACACUUCAGAAUGUAGCAUACACAUGUUGAAACUAACUGACGCUAAUAUAGAAGUUAUCCUAACAAGACCACAAUACAAGGAAUUGAAUAAGAAAAUGAGAGAAAUGUAACUUUCCAUUCGCCCCAUUAGCAUAAAGAUUUAAGAGUGGAGUUUUUGUGGUCUUGAUGUUAAUGUUAUGUCACAUCUAUUUUUCUAUCUGAAAUUAGAAAUUAAAUUUCUAUAUAGUAAAUAAUGACAGCAAAUUGUUGUAUAGAAAUCACAUAGAGAUGUAAUAUAAAUAUUGUUGAUAUUGCUUA